CCAUAAUUCAGCGCUACGGAGCUCUUUCUCUCCACUCGCGUUGCCUAUGAAUCCUGCAACAGUACCGAAAAUCAUCGUCACUCCCACUUCACCACACCCUUCCACGUUCUUCCCGGAGCUCAAGCAAUGCAAAACCUCAAGAGACAUAAAGCCUUUCCAUGCCAGAAUGAUCAAAACCGGACUCAUUCACGACCAAUUAGCAGCCGCCGAAAUUCUCCGCUUCUGUGCCCUUGCCGAUCGCGAUAUUGCCUACGCCAACCUCAUUUUCCAACAAAUGGACACACCCAAUUGCUUCUCUUGGAACACAAUCAUCAGAGCUUUUUCCGAAGGCGGAAACGAAGAUGAAUCUCUGCACGCCUUGUAUCUGUUCGUGGAAAUGCUUCAGAGUGAUUUCGUUCAACCCAAUCGCUUUACAUACCCGUCUGUUCUCAAGGCGUGUGCUCAAUUACGUGGCGUCAGAGAAGGAAACCAGAUUCAUGGAAUGGUAAAGAAGUUGGAUUUAGAACAUGAUGAGUUUGUUCUUAGUAAUCUUAUGAGGAUGUACGUUGUCUGUGGAGAAAUGAACCACGCUUCACUUCUGUUUGAUUCAAGUGUGGAAUUGAUUAAAGGAAAUGUUGUUUUAUGGAAUGUAAUGCUUGAUGGGUUCAUCAGACUUGGCAAUCUAGACUCCGCACGUAAGCUGUUCGACGAAAUGCCUCAGAGAAGUGUUGUAUCUUGGAACUCCAUGAUCUCUGGUUAUUCACAAAAUGGGUUGUUUAAGGAAGCCGUUGAUUUAUUCAGGGAUAUGCAGACUGAAAAAAUAAAGGUGAAUUACGUUACUUUGGUCAGCGUUCUUCCUGCAGUUUCGAGGCUCGGCGCGAUUGAAUUAGGAAAGUGGAUGCACUUGUACGCCGAUAGGAACAACAUCCAAAUCGACGAAAUCCUCGGUUCUGCGCUAGUUGACAUGUAUUCGAAAUGUGGAAAUGUGGAAAGGGCUAUUGAAAUCUUCGAGAGCCUUCCAAGAAGAAACGUGAUAACUUGGAAUGCCAUAAUCAAUGCUCUUGCCAUUCAUGGUCGAGCCGAAGAUGCACUCGAUCACUUUCGAAGGAUGGAAAGUGAAGGAGUGGAGCCGAAUGACGUGACCUACAUUGGCUUAUUAACUGCAUGCAGCCACGCGGGGUUAGUCCAAACCGGAAGAUUGGUUUUUGAUCGUAUGAUUAAUCAAACCGGACUAAAACCUAGGAUCGAACACUAUGGUUGUUUCGUUGAUCUCUUAAGUCGCGCGGGACUUUUGGAAGAAGCGGAAGGAAUCAUCUCGAAUAUGUCUAUUCAACCCGACGACGUGAUUUUUAAAACCCUUCUCGCCGGUUGUAAAAUGCACAAGAAUAUCGAGAUGGGUAAACGAAUCGCUGAGCGAUUAAUGGAAAUGGUCCCGAACGAUAGUGGAUCUUACGUUGCGUUGUCUAAUAUGUAUGCUUCUUUAGGAAAUUGGGAUGAAGUUUCCAAAGUUAGGUUGAUGAUGAAGAAAAUGGAAGUGAGGAAAGAUCCCGGGUGUAGUUGGAUCGAGAUUGAUGGCGAAAUUCACGAAUUUUUCGUGGAAGAUGAAGCGAACGCGAUGGACAAAGAGAUUCGGUUAAUGUUGGGUGAGAUGUCGAGGGAAUUGAGUUUACUCGGUUACACCCCUGAUACGACGCAAGUGUUGUUGAAUGUGGACGAGGAAGAGAAGGGUAGUGGUUUGAAUUAUCACAGUGAGAAGAUGGCGAUUGCGUAUGGAUUAAUCGCGAUGUCCCCGCAAACGAUAAUUCGAGUGGUUAAGAACUUGAGAAUUUGCGACGAUUGUCAUGCAUCGAUCAAGCUUUUUUCGAGGAUUUAUAAUCGGAAAAUAAUUGUGAGAGAUAGGAAGAGGUUUCAUCAUUUUGAGAAUGGAGUGUGUUCUUGUAUGGAUUAUUGGUAAAUUUGUAUAUUUGUUUUUUGUUUCAAAGUGUCUCCAAUUUAAAUUC